UUAGAAGUGGGCGGGUCACCAUCAACACGUGACUUUGAUUGACAGUCCGAUAUCAUGUACAGUUACACCCUCUCAAUACAAAGCCAAUAAAACACAAUCAGCCAAUUAAAUAGCAUUAAACAAAUCAUGACUUUGGACGAGUAAUAACGCGUGUUGCUAUUUUGUUUUCGUUCGGAAGCGUGGAGAGGUCAGAUAACGUGUUGGAGCGUCUAUGAGCGGAGGAAGUCGCCGUAAUACAAAACCAAUUAAACGAGGACUUAUUGGCCCGGGAGGAAGCGUUUGAGAGGAGUUUCUACAAGUGAUAGUACGCAGUGUUACGGGACAGUCGUGAAACUCUCAUUCAUUGAACCUGGGACAACGUGAUAAGAGAAAACUUUUCGGCAUCUCGCCAAUGUCGAUGUGAGAUAUUUCCAACGCGGUUUUCUACGACUUCCCUGCCUUGUUUUUUUUUCUGAAGUCUUACUUCGCGACACCAACUCGUUCAAAAUCUCACCUUUUUGAUAGAGUGAUUGAUACUCGUCUGAUAAGACCAACUUGAUUAUAUCGCCUAGAUUAGUAUGAGGCCUACUCAUUCACACUGUCCGGUGUCGAUUAGAAGAGCAAGUCGAUGACACUCGCGCUCUAAACGCAGCGGAAUUUUCUCUCUUUUUCGAACGGAAGCGAAGAAAACGGAGGAGAGCAUAUCGAUUUUCAUCACCACAGGACAAUUGGACAAUAUCUUAACCGUAUUUUGGAGUUUAUGAUACGAGCGGUUUUGACACUGUUUGAAUAAUUCCCUAAAAUGCUGCAACCAGUGCACCAGGGGUCAUUGCCAGCACCUGUCGGGCCGAACAAGGCACAGCCAGUCCACGCAGCGAGGAGGUCAUUUCUCAUCGAAGACAUUCUCGGCGACAAGACGAAGGCGGAUAGACACUCACCGCCGGUGCGCUCGCCCCAAGAGCGCCGCACCCCGGAGACGGAGGGGAGAGCCGUACCGCGCUCUCCCCCGCCCAAGCCCCUGCCGCUCCACAUGACCCCGCAGCAGCCACACGGCUCAGACCCGUAUCAACUCUCCCCAGAACCAGCUAUGUUGCCAACCAUAUACGACCCAGGUUUAACCAGUCCGUACGUACCGACCUACCUCAACUAUCUGCCCCAGGGGAACCCCGCCGAGUUACUGCCCAUCCAGCCCAUGAAUUCCUACCCGUAUAUGAGCGGAGCGGCCGAGUUUGGGGUCCACCCUCUUCUGCAACGACACGGCUUCUACUCGAAAGUUGACCCAAAGCCCUGGUUCUGGGGUCCCUAUUUACAAAGACCCGUCCACAAACGGAAAGGAGGCCAAGUAAGAUUCUCAAACGAGCAGACGCUGGAAUUGGAAAAGAAAUUUGAGAAUCAGAAAUAUCUCUCACCACAGGAACGCAAGAGGCUGGCAAAGUCGCUGCAACUUACAGAAAGACAGGUAGUUGCACUCUCAUCCUCUUGCACACGACUUCUCUUUACGCAUGUUUCCAUUGAGGGAGUGAAAACCUGGUUUCAAAACAGACGGGCAAAAUGGCGACGAUUGAAACAGGAAAUGCCAGACGACGAGAAAUCUCCGAUGAAACACGACGAAGCAGACGAUAACGCCGAACAUUGCCGAACCUCCUCCGAAGACGACUGUCAAAGUUCCGAUGACGAGCAUUUCCGUGAGGAGGAAAUCGACGUUGGCAGGGAAGCUGCUUCCAUAGCAAAUGGCAGGGAAGCGAUCUCCAUAGCAACUGGGGUGUAUCACUCGUGAAAGGGAACUUGUGGACUCUAUGAUGCGAGAGAGAUGAGCUUGCCAAUACGAACCUAUGUGACUGCAGAGCUCUUCCCUAAAAAAUGUGCUCAUUGGGAAUUGGGCGGUACACCGGUGGUAGACAUCAUGACAUGUCGCAUAGCAACUCGUGUGUUUGAUGGUCCAUGUUAGACAUCCUCGCUUUGCCAGGUGGCAAUCAUUUUAGGUAGCUCCCAUGAGCCGUCUGACUUUGCGUGGAAAUUGCAUGUUAGAAUCUAGAUUCUAUGUACUUCACCACAAUAAUGAACAUCUCAGAAAAUGGUUUGUUAUGUCAAAAUAUGUUUGGCCUGUCAUGGGUCUAACAUUUUGAAAUAAAUAUAUAA